GUGUCCAAGUGCUCCGAAGAGAUCAAGAACUACAUCGAGGAGCGGUCGGGCGAGGACCCGCUGGUGAAGGGGGUUCCCGAGGACAAGAACCCAUUCAAGGAGAAGGGAGGCUGUGUCAUCGCUUAG